GGCGAGUUACCGGGUACCAAAACCCCGCUAUAUAAACCCCACAGUUGCAUCGUCGCCGGUUCGCGGUGCAGUUUUCCCCCUGCCCUCCCUAAAAAUCCUUCUGUUUCGUCUCUCUCCGUUGGAUCUCCGGCGAUUUAUCCCUAUUUUACCCUCCCUCUCCUAUCGUAUUUACAUACAAAACCCCCCCUAAAAAUCUCCGGCAAUUUCUGUAACUAAUUUCGGCGCUUAUCGUUAAUUAUUAUAGUUGAGCGGAUAGGGGGAGAGGGAACAGAAAGCGAAUUGCUAUUUGGUCGUGAGAGGAGAAUGGCUCAGAUUCAAGUGCAGCAUCAGAGUCCGGCGAUGGGAGCCAACGGAUUGGCAGCGCCGAGUGCCGGCGGCGUGGCAGCCGCCGCCGCCACUGCCGCGGUUGUUGCUCCCGGUGGCGUGGUCGGCAACCAGUUCCUGUCGACUUCGCUUUACGUUGGUGACCUGGACGCGAACGUGUCGGACUCGCAGCUCUACGAUCUGUUCAACCAGGUCGGACAGGUUGUGUCUGUCAGGGUUUGUCGCGACAUGAGCUCUCGCCGUUCCCUCGGCUAUGGAUAUGUCAACUAUACCAACCCUCAGGAUGCUGCAAGGGCAAUGGAGAUGUUGAACUUCACUUCUAUGAAUAAUAAGUCUAUUAGGAUCAUGUAUUCUCAUCGUGAUCCUAGUCUUCGUAAGAGUGGAACUGCUAAUAUAUUUAUUAAGAAUUUGGACAAAUCAAUUGACAACAAAGCCUUACAUGACACUUUUUCUAGUUUUGGCAACAUUCUUUCAUGCAAAAUAGCUACUGAUUCUAAUGGGCAGUCUAAAGGCUAUGGUUUUGUACAAUUUGUCAAUGAAGACUCGGCUCAAAAUGCUAUUGACAAGUUAAAUGGAAUGCUCAUGAAUGACAAGCAAGUAUACGUUGGACAUUUUCUUCGUAAACAAGAAAGAGAGCCUGCAAUAAGCAAGAUAAAAUUCAACAAUGUUUAUGUGAAGAACCUAUCAGAAUCCACCACAGAUGAUGAUCUGAAGAAAGUUUUUGGCGAGUUUGGGAUUAUUACUAGUGCAGUAGUUAUGAGAGAUGCUGAUGGAAAGUCAAAAUGUUUUGGGUUUGUUAAUUUUGAGAGUGCAGAUGAUGCUGCUAAGGCUGUUGAUGCGUUAAAUGGGAAGAAAUUUGAUGAUAAAGAGUGGUAUGUUGGGAAAGCUCAAAAAAAAUCUGAAAGGGAACAAGAACUAAAAAGUAAGUUUGAGCAGGUUGUAAAGGAAACAGUGGAUAAAUACCAAGGAUUAAAUUUGUAUGUAAAAAAUUUGGAUGAUAGUAUUGAUGAUGACAAGCUUAAGGAGCUGUUCGCAGAGUUUGGUACCAUUAAAUCAUGCAAGGUUAUGCGUGAUCCAAGUGGAAUUAGCAGAGGGUCAGGUUUUGUUGCCUUCUCAACUUCAGAAGAAGCCUCUAGAGCUCUUAAUGACAUGAAUUCAAAAAUGGUAGUUAGCAAACCACUCUAUGUUGCACUUGCUCAACGGAAAGAGGAGAGGCGAGCGAAGUUGCAGGCACAGUUUUCUCAGAUGCGACCAGUUGCAAUGGCACCCUCUCUUGGUCCUCGUAUGCCUAUGUAUCCUCCUGGAGCACCAGGUAUUGGGCAGCAGCUCUUUUAUGGGUCAGCUCCACCUGCCAUAAUUCCUCCCCAGGCUGGAUUUGGCUACCAACAACAGCUUGUUCCUGGAAUGCGUCCCGGGGGAGGUCCUAUGCCAAAUUUCUUCGUGCCUUUAGUCCAGCAGGGUCAACAAGCCCAACGUCAAGGUGGCAGGCGUGGAGCGGGACCUGGCCAACAAGCUCAGCAGCCUAUGCCUUUGAUGCAACAGCAGAUGCUUCCAAGGGGUAGGAUGUACCGGUUUCCACCUGGCCGCAAUGUGCCAGAGGUUCCUGUGCCUGGUGUGGGUGGAGGUAUGCUUUCUGUUCCAUAUGAUAUGGGUGGAAUCCUUCCUCGAGAUGCUGCUACUAUGGGACAGCCUGUGCCAAUUACAGCACUUGCUAGUGCCCUUGCUAACGCACCACCCGAACAACAGAGGACUAUGUUAGGUGAAAAUCUGUACCCGCUUGUCGAUCAGUUGGAGCAUGAGCACGCUGCCAAAGUAACUGGCAUGCUGCUCGAGAUGGACCAGACGGAGGUUUUGCAUCUACUCGAAUCACCAGAGGCUUUGAAGUCCAAAGUUGCAGAGGCUAUGGAUGUUUUGAGAAACGUUCAGCAGCAGGCAAGCAGCCCUGCUGAUCAACUCGCCUCUCUUUCCCUCAACGAAAACCUUGUUUCUUGAGUCCAGGCAGGAGGCCAGCGGUCCAAGUCCAAGGAUGUCCGAUGUUUAGAUUAUGGCAGGAGGCAGCGGUCCAAGGAUGUCUGAUGUUUAGAUUAUCUUAUCGCCUUCCUUCCUUUUUAGUUCAGCUGGUAGUUUAUUAGUAGUUUUGAGUAUUAUUAUGGGAUAAUAUUUCUUAGGUUUUCGAAUGAGAUUUGAUAUCCUCUAUCGCAUUAGGUAUUUUUUGAUUUCAUUAAUGCUCUUAUCUAUGACAUGAAGAGAGUGAGUUUAUUUAGAUCAAAAUAUAUUCUUAUGUUAUGCCU